AUUACAAACUUUACAUAAUGGUAGCAGUCUGUCGUUUUGUGCAAGUUCUGUAUAAUAUUCAGAACAGCAUUACAGCAAGCUGUUGGAUGUUAUUUAAAUUAUCUGAAAUUUGGAGUGUGGCCCUGGACCAGAUUCUAGGAUGCACACUCUGGGAGGAAUUAUUGAACAAAAUGUGUCACUCACGGGGGUGAUCUUCCAUCCUGUCUGGGAAGGAAGUCAGUGUGUUUGUGGCAUUUUCCCCAUGUUACUUUGGAGGAGAAAAUGCAAGGAAACAUGCACUGAUGGAUGCCUAACAUCACCCCACAGAUACAGCUGGAAUUGCUGGUAUUGAAUUCAGUAUCUUUGAAUUUUGAGUUGUUGCAAGAACCUGAUUCUCCCUGAAAGACUUCUGGAGUUAUGUGCAUGUGCAAAAAGAUUUCCCUGUGUUUUUCAGGCCUCCUCUGAACGUCAGGUGGGGUAGAAGCUUUGUGGGGAUCUCCACAGCUGCAGGAUUUGCUGUCCCCACACCUGGGUUCCUCGGUCUGUGGCUGUGACACCCAUUUUCCUGUUCAGCAUUUCCUUGGAGGAUGGUGCUCUCUUUUCUGGGCAGAGCCCUGCCACGAGUGAGGCGUUCACCCAGCCCACUGGGGAGACAGCUCUGCUCAGCCAGCACAAAUAAGCCAGUGUUGACUUUAUUCACCAAGAAACCGUGCCCUCUGUGUGAUGAAGCAAAAGAAGUUCUUGAGCCAUACAAGAGAAGGUUUAUUCUGCAGGAGGUGGAUAUUACCCUUCCAGAGAACUCAGCGUGGUAUGAUAAAUACAAAUAUGACAUACCUGUUUUUCACUUAAAUGGGAAGUUCCUGAUGAAGCAUCGAGUUGACAUUCAGAAGUUUGAGGACCGACUUAGGAAGCUGGAGUUGCAAAGUGAGGGAAGCCAGUGAAGAAAAUGCAGCUGCUCUGAUGCAGAUCUCAAAGGUGAAAAGAACUGUGUGGAAAAAAAAACAAAACAAACGCCUUAUUCAUUA